AUGUCUGCACUCCGAAGGAAAUUCGGGGACGAUUACCAGGUAGUGACCACCUCUUCCAGUGGCUCAGGCUUCCACCAGCAGCAAGCGGCAGCAGCUGCUCCUAGAAGAAAGAGGCAGCGGUUUGUGGACAAGAAUGGUCGUUGCAAUGUCCAGCAUGGCAACUUGGGCAGCGAGACAAGCCGCUACCUGUCGGACCUGUUCACUACCCUGGUGGACCUCAAGUGGCGCUGGAAUCUUUUUAUCUUCAUUCUCACUUACACUGUGGCCUGGCUCUUCAUGGCCUCCAUGUGGUGGCUCAUCGCCUACAUGCGGGGUGAUCUGAACAAAGCCCAUGAUGAUAACUACACUCCCUGUGUGGCCAAUGUCUACAAUUUCCCCUCUGCCUUCCUGUUCUUUAUUGAAACUGAGGCUACCAUUGGCUACGGCUACCGCUAUAUCACUGACAAAUGCCCCGAGGGUAUCAUCCUCUUCCUCUUCCAGUCCAUCCUGGGCUCUAUCGUGGAUGCCUUCCUCAUUGGCUGCAUGUUUAUCAAGAUGUCCCAGCCUAAGAAGCGGGCAGAGACACUGAUGUUCAGUGAGCAUGCUGUCAUCUCCAUGCGGGACGGCAAACUUACCCUUAUGUUCAGGGUAGGCAACCUUCGCAACAGCCACAUGGUCUCCGCGCAGAUCCGCUGCAAGCUACUUAAAUCUCGGCAGACACCUGAGGGCGAGUUCCUCCCUCUCGAUCAACUUGAACUGGAUGUAGGUUUUAGCACAGGGGCAGAUCAACUUUUUCUUGUUUCCCCACUUACGAUCUGCCAUGUGAUUGAUGCCAAAAGCCCCUUCUAUGACCUCUCUCAGCGAAGCAUGCAAACUGAACAGUUUGAGAUUGUCGUCAUCCUAGAGGGCAUCGUGGAAACAACUGGGAUGACAUGUCAAGCCCGAACUUCGUAUACCGAAGAUGAAGUUCUCUGGGGUCACCGUUUUUUCCCUGUGAUUUCCUUAGAGGAAGGAUUUUUUAAAGUAGACUAUUCCCAGUUCCAUGCAACAUUUGAAGUCCCUACUACGCCCUACAGUGUGAAAGAACAGGAAGAAAUGCUUCUUAUAUCUUCCCCUUUAAUAGGACCAGCUGUAAGUAACAGUAAAGAAAGGAAUAAUUCUGUAGAAUGUCUAGAUGGUCUAGAUGACAUUAGUACAAAGAUACCCUCAAAACUGCAGAAAAUGACUGGAAGGGAAGACUUUCCCAAAAAACUACUAAGAAUGAGUUCUACAACCUCUGAAAAGGCCUACAGCAUCGGGGAUUUACCUAUGAAACUUCAGCGAAUAAGCUCAGUUCCUGGCAACUCAGAAGAGAAACUGGUAUCUAAAACUACAAAGAUGAUGUCAGAUCCUAUGAGUCAGUCUGUGGCUGAUUUGCCACCAAAGCUUCAAAAAUUGUCAGGAGGAGGAGCUAGAAUGGAGGGAAAACUUCCACCCAAAUUGAGGAAAAUGAAUUCUGAUCGCUUUACAUAA